CACGUGUCGAAACUCGCCGGCAGCACCCUCCCGUCGUCGCUCGACUAUCUCUCUGACUCUCUUCCGGCCACCUAGUUAUCGCCAUCACAUUUCGAUCCACAUUGCCAGCAAAAGAAAGCUCUCCGCCAAACCAAUUGCAGACUCAAUGCACAGAGUGGCUUAAAAAACUCAAAAACAUUGGCGCGUAGCAAUUGACCUAGAGAAGCGAUGCAGAGCAUAUUAUCAUACGCGACGGUCGGCGAAAAUGCGUCGCCGGAGCACGCCGAAGUCGUCCCCAUUACGAUAUUCGUGGCAGUGCUCUGCCUCUGCUUGGUAAUUGGCCAUUUGCUCGAGGAGAAUCGAUGGGUUAACGAGUCCAUCACCGCCAUCUUCAUCGGAGGCGUGACUGGAAUCCUGAUCUUGGUCCUCCGGAAGGGGAAAAGUUCUCACCUUUUGAGGUUCAGUGAGGAGCUCUUCUUCAUUUACCUCCUUCCCCCAAUCAUUUUCAAUGCCGGAUUUCAGGUGAAGAAGAAGCAGUUCUUUCAGAACUUCAUUACCAUUAUGCUGUUUGGAGUUGUUGGGGUUUUCAUCUCAACAGUCAUUAUCUCCCUAGGCAGCUGGUGGCUGUUUCCUAAGCUUGGAUUCGUCGGUCUCACGCCAAGGGAGUACCUCGCUGUAGGGACUAUAUUUUCGGCGACCGAUUCAGUGUGCACCCUGCAGGUUCUUCAGCAAGAUGAAACUCCUUUGCUCUACAGCAUAGUGUUUGGGGAAGGAGUAGUGAACGAUGCAACCUCAGUCGUUCUGUUCAAUGCUAUACAGAAGAUGGAUGUCAGCAAGAUCGACUCGCAAACAAUCCUCAGUGUCGUACGAAGUUUCCUGUACUUGUUCUCCACCAGCACUGCUCUUGGAAUCGGUGUUGGCCUCCUGACUUCACUUGUCCUUAAAACACUCUACUUUGGGAAACACUCGAGCAUACGUGAACUCGCCAUGAUGGUCUUAAUGGCGUAUCUAUCGUACAUGCUCUCCGAGCUGCUGAAGCUAAGUGGGAUUCUCACCGUUUUCUUUUGUGGAAUCGUCAUGUCACAUUAUUCUUGGCACAAUGUGACAGAAAGUUCCAGGAUCACAGCCAGGCAUGUACCACUUCAGGAAGAACAUGUUUUUGCCAUGCUGUCCUUUGUCGCGGAGACGUUCAUAUUUCUCUACGUGGGAAUGGACACUUUUGACAUGGAGAAGUGGAGGAUGACUAAAUUGAGCUUUGGGACUUCCCUUGGGAUCUAUAGCACAAUAGUGUUCCUGAUAUUGGUGGGGCGUGCUGUAUUCGUGUUUCCACUCUCCGCAUUUUCCAACUUCAUGAACAGAAACAAAACAUCCCCACUCACCUUCAAACAACAAACUGUUAUUUGGUGGGCUGGCCUGAUGAGAGGUGCAGUCUCUAUCGCUCUUGCUUUUAAACAGUUCACCUAUUCUGGCGUCACGUUGAAUCCCAUCAAUGCAACAAUGAUCACGAACACCAUCAUCGUCGUUCUCUUCACUACAUUGGUAUUUGGUUUCUUGACGAAACCCCUAGUAAAUUACCUAAUCACACACGGAAUGAGAAACCAGAACAAUCAUGGAGCUGGAGAAGGAGGAGAACAGCCAAGGUCCCCGAAAGACGAUGUGGUGCUUCCUUUGCUGUCCUUCGAUGAAUCUGCUUCGGCUAACAUGCAAAUCGCAAGGGAUAAUUUCUCCAUGUUGAUGGACAGGCCGGUCUACACUAUCCAUCACUACUGGAGGAGGUUUGAUAAUGCCUACAUGAGACCCAUUUUUGGUGGCCCUCGGCACAAUCCAUCAGAAUGCUGAGUUUCUACCACAACUACUACUACUCUCGCUCAAGUCUCGACCAUUUCUCCAUCGAGGAAUACCAGAAUCGCCGGUAGUGGAAUUAGCCCAAGGUUAGGGGAGAAAGGGGUGUGGUUCUUUGACUUGGUGCCUAGAAUAUGCAGGUAGCGAAUUCUAAAUGCAGAGGCCGAGAUUGCCAGAGAAUGUGUAGUCUCAUGGAAGGAAUGGCAGCGAUGCCAAGUUUUGGAAGUUUUGCUGGUGAAAGCUACUGUUUCGAUCUAAAUGUAAAUGAUUUUAGUGAACUCUGCAACAAACAUUUUUAGUGAAAAAUGGACCUUCCUUACUGCAUUAAACGUUGAACUAUGUU